ACACUGAAGGAAUCAUCCUAACAUGCACAGACACUGAGAUGAUUGUUGAGAUCCCCAAAAGACUCCUGACUGGUGAAAUGUCAGGUGAAGACGUCCGUUUUGAGAACGAAGAAGACCUUAAUAAUACCUACUGCUGGGGAGAAGACAAUGCCAAUAAGACAAUCAUCACACUCACUACAAACCUAACCGCAUGCGGAACAAACAGGACCGAAAGUGACGACGAAGAGACAUACACCAACCGUGUUAUAAAACGUUAUACUGAUGUCAUCAGCCGCCAGUACGCCAUUGAGAUCCCUCUAUCAUGCUCGUACAAUAGGAAUAAACGUGUUGGUGGUGGAGAAGUCCGCUACCAACUCACUGACUACACCAUCGACAUAACUCUUGAUGAGGAGGGUGUCUACACCUUCUCCUUUGAUAUCUACACCGAUGAAACCUACGCGGAGGCUGUGAAAAAAUACCCUAUCAACAUUGGCCUCAAUGAAGAACUGUACUUCGCUGCAUCUGUGCUGUCUUUGGACGGUACCCUCGACCUUUCCAUCCGUUCCUGCAGAGCCACGCCAGAUUCGGUUUACGACUCUGAGGUCAAGUUUGACUUUAUCGUCAAUGCCUGCUCACUUGACGAUGACACCAACAUCACCUAUCUUACAAACUAUAGCAUCGGAGUGGAGAUGAAGACUUUCAGGUUCAACGCUGGGGAAGAUAUGGUUUAUAUCCACUGUGAUCUCCUGGUAUGCGAUGCCGGAAAUGUUGAAUCCCUUUGCAAGGAAAGAUGUGCCAACUCGGCAUCAAUGAUCACAGGGAGGAGGAGGCGUGACGUCAGCAGUGGAUUAAAGACCAAGCGAUUUACCCGAGGACCUCUUCGAGUACGACGCGCUGCACAGUCACAGGAAAGCAUUUCCCGAAUGGACAUUAGCCAGAGUGGAGAUUCAACACAACAGGAAGUUACCAACGCUUUCAACCCAUGGAUGGUUGCUACGGCUACUAUGGCGACCGUUGUCUUGGCAAUGGCCGCUAUGAGAGUCCUCCGCAAAGUCAGCAACAUCUCUGCAGCCCCAAAGCGGGGUCAAUACAAGGAAGAAUCAGCAAGACUUCUUGAUGAGAGCGAAGAAAUAUAAUUCCAGUUAACCGGUACGUCCUGAGGAUAUUGUAUUGCAAACUUUUUAAUGGGAAGAAGUUGAAACAUUCACCACGUUAUUGGAUAUAAAAGAAUAACCUGGCAAAUAUCAAAAGCAUCAGCGUCAUUUGCUUUGUUUUAUUUCGUUCCCCAUUCCGUCGAUACAUUAAAAAAAUCAAGGAUAAAUUCAUACUCUUUACUCAAUAUGGAUUGUAAUAGAUUAGAUGUAUUUAUUUUUUCAUUAGAUGGUAUAUUACACAGAGAAUUGGCUCAUAUAGGAUAAUGUAUCUAGCAGUAAAAUGAAAACUACAUGUAAUUUUCCAGAUGAGAUCUUUACAUCUAAAGAGAAAUCGCUUGACAAGAGAGAAGGGAACUAAUUGUGCUCCUAAUUUAAUCAUCUUUUGUCUUGAAAAAUCAUUCAAAUAUUGAAUAACUUGUGAACAUUUGAACAUUACUUAGAUAAGGAAAUAAACGAAGACUUUCAAUAAAAUCCUCUUGGUUUCUACGACUUAUCGAUGUCUGAUAUAUAAAAAAAGGGGAAAAUAUCACGAAAUUGUUUCCAUGGCUCGAUCAAUGAAUGAAAGAUAAUAAUUAUUGCAAACGAAAAUGUUUGUUCACUGUUUUAAUAACAAAAGAGUUACCACAAGUUGUUUGCAUUUAUCACAAGUUCUUUGCAUUUACCACAAGUUGUUUGCAUUUAUUUUGUUUGCAAUUGCUCUCAACGUAAUGUCCCCUUUCUGAUGAAUGCACGUAUUCAGGCUUGUAUUAGCUGGGCUCCAAAAUCGACACACGGCUACGCAUUGUUCAUUAA